GCACUGAGCCCACCUCAGGAGGACCUGGUCUCUCCAAGGCAGGAUGGCCCAGGAGCUCAGUGAGAAGGAGCUCUUAAAGAUGGAGGUGGAGCAGCUGAAGAAGGAAGUGAAGAACCCAAGAGCUCCGAUUUCCAAGACAGGAAAGGAAACCGAGGAUUACGUGGAGGCCGAAGCAGGAAAUGACCCUCUUCUCAAAGGCAUCCCUGAGGACAAGAACCCCUUCAAGGAAAAAGGCAGUUGUAUGCUAAGCGGAUGGCUCUGCAGCCGCUCGCCCUGAGUGCCUGACCCUCCUUAGGCCCCUCCGUAUCCAGAAUCGAGUAGCCCGGGGCACCCAGGGAACCAGUGGGUGUUCACCUUCUUUUAGUCACAGAAUGAGUACAGAGGCCUGGCUGCACGCAUCCUGAAUCCAUUCCGAAGUCCUGCUUUGAACCCUCCUCUCUCAUCACCACUUGCUGAGUCUGAGUCACUGCUGACCCCACUUGGAAACACUCCCAGGAGAGCUUCCCUGGCUCAAGCAGGUGGCACCUUGUUGGGUCUGAAAAGACUGCAAUUCCCUUGGGAAACAGUUCCUCCUCCUUAGAACUCCUCCCACUUCCCCCCUCCACGGUCUGCCCA